AUGGUGGUGGCAUCCUCUGUAGUCUCUCCACUCUGCACUUGGAUAGUAGCAGCAUGCAUGUCUGUGGCAAGUGAAAAAACCCAUAUUUCCAAGUCAUCACACAAUUUACAGUGCUCAAAGAGGCUGAGUAGAAGAAAAUUGGUGGCUCAGAGCAGCAAUUAUGGUGGGGGCUUGAUGUCUUUUUUAUAUGGUUCUGUAAAUCACAAUCUGAUGAAUUUUUGCCCAUCUUUUGAACCCUGUCAAGAGUACUAUAAUUCAGUGGGGAUAUCUUCUUCUUUGGCUUUGUUCGGUGAAAAUGCAUUCUCGGUUUUUGGGUCCAAGGCUUUGCCAGUGACUCGCAAACAAAGGAAGUUGAGUAAGGCUGCUUCUUCUGGCAAAAGCAUGGCUGUUUCUGUACAAUCUGUGAAGGAAGGACCAACAACGAAACGACUUUUUACAAAGAAAAGGAGGGUAGUUGUUACAGGAUUGGGUGUUGUAUCCCCGCUUGGUCAUGAUGCCGAUGAAUACUACACUAAUCUUCUUGAAGGUACUAGCGGGGUUAGUCAGAUUGAGGCAUUUGACUGUACUGAGUUUCCCACAAGGAUUGCAGGAGAAAUCAAGAGUUUCUCGACUGAUGGUUGGGUUGCGCCAAAACUAUCGAAGAGGGCAGAUAAAUUCAUGCUUUAUUUGCUCACUGCUGGCAAGAAAGCUUUAGUAGACGGUGGAAUAACAGAAGAUGUCAUGACAGAGUUAGAUAAGGCUAAAUGCGGAGUUAUAAUUGGCUCUGCUCUAGGUGGAAUGAAGGUUUUCAAUGAUGCUAUAGAAGCUUUAAGAGAGUCUUACAGAAAGAUGAAUCCCUUCUGUGUUCCUUUUGCAUCGACGAACAUGGGCUCUGCAAUUCUUGCUAUGGAUUUGGGAUGGAUGGGUCCAAAUUACUCAAUUUCUACAGCUUGUGCUACUAGCAACUUUUGUAUACUAAACGCCACGAAUCAUAUUAUAAGAGGCGAAACAAAUAUGAUGCUCUGUGGCGGGUCUGAUGCAGCAAUUAUUCCCAUAGGAUUGGGAGGAUUUGUUGCCUGCAGAGCCCUUUCACAGAGGAACGAGGAUCCUACCAAAGCUUCUCGUCCUUGGGAUAUGAAUCGUGAUGGAUUUGUUAUGGGAGAAGGAGCUGGUGUACUACUAUUAGAAGAACUAGAGCAUGCUAAGCGGAGAGGUGCAAUUAUAUAUGCAGAGGUUUUAGGUGGAAGCUUUACGUGCGAUGCAUAUCAUAUGACUGAACCACGUCCAGAUGGGACAGGAAUCGUUCUAUGCAUAGAGAAAGCCUUGGCUCAGGCAGGUGUAGCUAGAGAAGAUGUCAAUUACAUAAAUGCUCAUGCUACAUCGACACCAUCAGAUGACUUGAAAGAAUACGAGGCUAUUAUUUGCUGCUUUGGACAAAAUACUAAGCUGCGAAUGAACUCUACAAAAUCUAUGGUUGGUCACCUACUUGGGGCUGCUGGUGCUGUGGAAGCUGUCGCAACUGUUAAGGCUAUACAAACAAGAUGGAUCCAUCCAAAUAUCAAUCUUGAACAACCUGAUGAAGGCAUGGAUACAAGUAUACUUGUAGGUCCCAAGAAGGAAAAAUUAGACAUAAAGGUUGCACUCUCUAAUUCAUUUGGCUUUGGGGGACAUAACUCAUCCAUUCUCUUUGCACCCUAUGAACAUGGAAACUGA